GUGUCCUGAAAUAAGGGUUUGACUUCGGCAUUCGCAGUUUUCUUGGUUUGUAUGGACACACCCGCAGAGGGCGCUAUCGCUGACUUGUACACUUGUGUCCAAAAUGUGUCUCGACUCCCAAAAGAACGUUUAUGUACCCGAGGGCGUGCCUCUGCGCAAAAGACCGCCCUGCCUCUCUGAGCUACACGCUAGUGUGCAUGUCCGGGAUUUUCCGGCUGGACAAAGCGGGCAUUGAAAACCUCGGCGAGAUGUGGCUUCGGUGUGACGUCACUUGGCUCCUGCAGGCGGCACUCUGAACGGAAAACUCCUCCUCAGACGGAAGAGAAAAGAAGUUUUGUAGACGGCGUUGGACCGUGAAGAUACUGGCAGCUCGUGUAUUUACUCACGGAGCUUCAAGCAAUGGACUCGGAACAUAUCGAGAUGAACGGAGAGCCUCCUUCUUCUCCUUCCCGUCGCAACCGAAGACAAGUUCCACUAAAUAUGAACCACUAUGCCACAAAGAAGAGUGCAGCGGAGAGCAUGCUGGACAUUGCACUGCUGAUGGCUAACGCGUCCCAGCUCAAGGCUGUGGUGGAACAGGGCAGCUCCUUCUCCUUCUACGUGCCUCUCAUCACCCUCAUCAGUAUAUCGCUCACGCUGCAGAUCGUUGUUGGUGUGCUUCUCAUAUUCAUAGUGAAGUAUGAUCUGAAUGACGAGCAGAAGCAAUCCAGACUGAACCUUCUGAACAAUAUUACAACUGGACUGGUUUUCAUCAUUGUGGUGGUCAAUGUUUUCAUAACAGCUUUUGGGGUCCAAAGGCCGAACACAGAACACACCAGCAUGAACUAAGCUUCCAGACGUCUCCACGAGGAACCGUGCCAGUGCACCGGUCACUGUACUGGCUUGUUAUAUCACAUGUGCAGCACAAAAACUGCACACUUCCGUAUCAGUCUUUGGAGUCCACAAGGAAGGGGCUCCACUGUGCCUCACUUGCUAUGUUGGCCUUAGAGCAGUGGGGCUAAGAACCUCACCACAAUAUUUUCUGCUGCCCCUGUAACUAGCUAGAUUUGACAUUGCAAGUUGCCAUAAAGGACACAGGCUUGUCCUAUGUAGGCCUUGCUUUGACACUCAGGCUUAUUUGGUUGAUAUUUUUAAAUGCAACUGUCAUCACAGUGUAUCCAAGAAUAACGCUUGAGAAGAGCAGAACAAUAAGAGAGGUGGAGGCAAAGACGUGCCGACAGUUCGGAGGAGGGAGUGAAAGCCGAGGUCCUGAUGGCCACUGUUUGUCACGACUCCUUUAGAAAUAGCUGUGACUCUCUGGUUGCUUUGUUUAACACAUCAGCGUCUCUUUAUGUUGCCCCUACAGUUCUCGAAGUAAAAGCAUACAAGUACUCCACUGACAGAGCUACUGUAGCUCUGGACUGUUGGAGGGCUUGGCAAACUCAGGAGACACUUUCAUUAAACGGUGGACAUCAGUUUUUAAUCUUAUGACUGUCUGAGCCAGGCCUUCAGCUGGUUCUUUUCUUGUCCGUUUUUAUUUGUGUGUGUAAAACCUUAGGAAGAAUUAUAUCAUGGGCAUAUUUAGUUAAGUGCAGUACCAAUGGUUUGAGAACUUUACUAACACCUACAGCUCUCUUGUAUUCACUUAUCAUCAGCUGGUUUGAUGUCAGCUAGUGGAAGAUUAAUUAUUAAUACAGCAAUCAUGAAUGACUUUCCUUCUCCCUCAUCUGCUAGUACAAAUCUGUUGAAUAGAGGAAAUGCUUCUUCUUUGCUCCUCCCAAGUGCCUGUGCACAAGGAGUUCAUUUUGCUGAUUUACUGGUGCUAGAGCGCCCUCAUCAGGCCUGGACUCUUGCUUUCACUGGCAGAGAUUCUAGUUGCUGUAAAUGAAGCCUACUGAGAUCUCUUAAUGCUUUCCAGUUAUGUUAAGUACAUGUAAUACACAUAAAGUACUUCUACAACAAUAUUUUAAAAAGUCCAUGACUGAGUAUGUUUUUGCUGUCAUUUGUGAAGUUUUCUAUUCUCAGUCCCGGAAAGAAUCAAACCGCUUCAUGAAUAAUAUUAGACGUGGUGUUGGCCCUCACAAUUCCUUGCUCUGAGUGAGCGAUAAAGCAUUGCUAACUAAGCUGCACUUCUCAGAGGUCAUGUUCUCUGCCAUUUAUUCAUCCUCUGUUUUACUAUGAUUUUAAAAGCAUUAUGGCAGUUUAUUCAUUUUGUGUUGUAUAUUGUGUAUACUGAUAAUGAUCCUUAUAGAUACUGCAUCAAAAUAUUACAUUAAAUGUCAUUAUGGUUCAUUAUAAUUUUACCCCUAGGGUUUUUUUUUUUAGUUACCUCUUACUCUUAUCAUACUAACUUCCAAUAACAACAGAAAAAUACCUGCCAAAGGUGCACAAUUGAUAUUGUCAAACAUGACUAACAUACUGUAACAUGGACAGUUGGCUUUGGACUGAUAAGCAGGCUGUUGUUUGUCUACAGGGUGCGACAUGCCUCUGUAAGCCAGAACAAAACGCAAUCAAAGCACUGAUCUCCUUUGUAAUACAAUUAGUUUGCACAAAUCCAAUGUAUAAAAGACUUUUUAAAAAUGAACAAGUGUAAGCUC